CACCCCCAUUGGUACUGCCAUUCCACACUGUUGCGUUUCCCCGAGGGACCAGCAGCGGUAGCUAUACUCCCUGCGGUGAACCGCACUGUGGACGGAGCCAUGCCGAUCUGUGACACUCUCCAUCCGGAUGAAUGUCUCUCACUCCACUGCUUCCACCGGGGAGAUGCGAUGAGAAUCCACACCCUUUCGCCACUUUGAAGCAGAUGAACGUGGAGAAAAGGAAUUGCCUGCAAGACCAGAGAGUACCGCCGUUGAACAGGAGAGGCUCUCGGUAAUGAACCGGGGAAUCAUUUCUGCUAACCAAGCAGAUCAGCGCACAAUACAGUGAGGUCUAAAGCGACAUAGCCUUUUCCUAGGAACAUCAAACCGGCGGGGAUGAUAAAAGAUUAACUCACGGAUUCUCAAACACUGAGACACAGAGGCUUGAGUCAGAGAGGUGCUGUCUUCAAACAUUUGUAUGCCAUUCUUCAUUUUGUGUGAAAUAGAGGGCUUUGCAGGAAAGUCCAUACCUGGAUGCCAGGAUGCUUUCCCCCUGAUGGUGAUUUCUACAGGUGAGGUUUAGAGGAGGUUUCGAGACCGCUGUUCCCACAGGCCUCGUAUGCCCCUCCCCCUUCUCAGGCUCCUCCCUCUCUAAGCGCUCUUCUGAUGUAUCUCAGAACCCAUUGUUGAACGGUUUGAUGGAGAGCUGGUCGAAUGACAGCUGGAACUGUUGUCAUAACUGGAGGAAUUCUUGCCGCGGUGAUACUGCUGUGUAUUGUAGCAGUACUCUGUUACUGUAGGCUCCAGUACUACUGCUGCAAAAAGAAUGAAUCAGAGGUGGAUGUGGGCUCUGUGGUGGGGCAGGAGUCCCAGCUCCACAGCGCCUGCAACGUGUGCAACGCCGCUGGGAUUGACGGGCUUGCCUCCACCUCUCUCUCCCUGGAGCCUCUGGACCCAGGACCCCUCCACAACUACUGUCCCACCUGCUCCCCCUGCUACCUCCGUUCCGGACUCACAGACGACAUGCGAAAUGGAGGGGAGCGUCUGGGCUUCCACACCUAUCAUUACGACAACCCAGGGGUGUGUCUGCCCCUGUCCGUAACCCCUCAGGGCCCCUCCCCUCUGAGCUUUUACAGCCCUGUGGACAUGUACCCUGUCACCAGGCCCUACAGCACCCAGGUCUGACCCUGCCCCCCCCCCCCUCUUCCCCCCCAUGCACACAUACACACAC